CAGCAGCUCGUGAGACUCAUCGCGCGAGUCCAUAAGCAGUUGCUAUGUGGUUUAGGUUAGCCGUGUUGUGAAAACUUGUUUUUAAAUAGUUUUUUUUUGUUUGUUUGGGUUUUUUAAAACGCUUCCAAACGCGAGCACUUGUUGCAUGCGGGACUCCGAGGGCAAAGCACUAACUCAUUAACUCUGACACGCCGUCAUAUCUCUCUGUAGGCUGAAGAUUGUGAUUGAUAUCGCUGGAUUUAUGAUGGACGGCGGGGGCUGUGGGUUAAAUGGCGGUGGAGGAGGUGGAGGAGGAGGAGGAGGAGGAGGAGGAGGAGAGAGCCAGGGGUCGGGAGCUCAGCAUGGCAUGAUCACUCUGGAAGAUCUCGAGUCUUUCUCCGAAGAUCAGCUCUCAGACUCCGGCACAGGCGGUGCUGAAGAGAGGGAGAUGAUGGAGGAUGAAGAGCAGAACAGACUCCUGAGGUACUGGCAGGACGUCGCCAGAGGACACCGAAUAGAAGUGCCCAGAGAUAUGGCAGAACCCAUUCAGCAGCUAACUUCUAACAAUAAUGGCGCACACGAGCGGGAAACAGUUCCCUUCACACUCCUCUCACGCAAGGAGAAGUGCGGGGACGUACUUUAUGAGACGCGCCACUAUGACAAAGCGCACUGGGCCUGCAUCACGGUCAAAGAGGACACAUACGAACAGAGCAUUGGCUACGGCUUCAUGAAGAUCAUGAGAUACAUUUGCCAGCAGAAUUCUUUAGGUAUUUAUCUGGGCAUGACCAUACCCAUCCUGACAGUGGUGCGCAUGGAGGAGGCAAACACGAGCUUUUCUAGAGCCGUCACCAUAGCUUACUAUCUUCCCUCAAACCACCAGGCUCAGCCACCACAGCCUCUUGACCCUGACAUAGUGAUUGAGGAGUGGACUGCUACUACAGUCUACACCAGGGCCUUCACGGGGGCUACAAAUGAGACUACCCUCAUGAGUCAGAUCAACACUCUGGCAGAAAUACUGGAUUCUCCCGGGCUGUAUAUCACCAACUCCUUCAUCGUAGCUGGCUACACAAACCCUGCAGCAGCGCACCGUGUUAAUGAGAUAUGGUUCAUUCAAAGGCAGUGAAGGGAUUCCCAUGGAAACACCCGACCCUGCACCUGCUUAUUUGCCCCAGUCUACAGCUUGAACAAGCACACUUCCCGGAGUGAAAUAGGAAGACUGCUCUUUUUUUGUUUUUUUUUGGGGGGGGGGGGGGGGGUGUAUUUCUGAAUAACUCCUCCUAGCAAUUUUUAAAAUGCGAAGUUCCUUCAUGCAAAAUGAUGUGUAAAGGUUGGCAGGUCUGCUUUAAGUUGUGGAAACAUGAAUAACAUUUUCUGUCCUGAUCUCUUGGCUGUGAUUUGUCAUAGCUUUUGCUCCUCAGUAAAACCAGUGUUCUUUUGUUUUUACUGAAAUAAAAAAUAAUAAUAAAGUUGUGUUGGAAGCAAAUUCCUACUCAGUUCUCACACAUCAAAUUCUUUUUUAAAAAUGUACUUGCACAUGCCAUGUCUAUGUAUGUUUUUUAUUAUUAUUAUUCAUGUUUAUUACUGCUUUUCCUUGAAAUUCUAAAGGAAAUGAAGCUUCACUAAUUAAGAUUCAAGAAAAGCUUAAAGGAAGCCUUGUUCAUGCUGUAUAAUUAUAAUGGGCUUAGCUUAAUGCACCACAAAAAAAUGGCGUAUGACUGAUUAUUCUCAAAAAACUUGACACUGAUUGCUCAAGACACACCAAGUUCUACAGGAAUUGCCAUAAAAGGUUAAUACAAAGUAGAGCAGUGUGCUUCAGUUGCAGCUGUGAUGGGGCUUAAUACAGAGCAAGAAAAGACACUUGCCGUUAAAAAAAAAAAAAAAAAGAAUGAACUUGGCAAUAAAAAUGUUACUGCAAACCAAAAACACUACUCUGACAACAUGCAUGACAAUGUACCUUAUUAUUCAUGCCUUUUUUUUAUCCUUCUGUGUGAAAUGAACCACUCUGACCUUCAUACAGUCGAUCUUACAGCCAGGUUCAUGAGUCUUGUUUGUGUUCUGUGCAGCUUUACUGAAUGUGUAAGUACCACUGCUGCUCUAGUGAGAGUGAUCGUUAGGGUAGUGCAUAUUUUUAAUGGUCAUAGUGUUAGUAUAGAUAGAAUAGUAGUACUAUUUUUAUUAAAUAUUUUUUUUAUUUUAUUAUAUAGAUAUUCAGGUUUUAUUUUACUUGCUGCAUUUGAGUUUAGAAGUAACUUCUAAUCUCUUUUUUAAUGCUAUAUAUAGUACAACAGUACAAUCAAAGUAUUAUAUGAACCAGUUAGAACCGGUAAAAUGUCUGCAAAAUAUCUGCAAAAUAACUACACUAACACUCUGGUCACUUGGGAUCUGGGACUGGGGGAGAAAAGCUACUGUGUGCUUCAUGUUUGUUUUUGUUAACUUCUGUCUAAAUAAAGAAAAGGACCAACACUGACUUUGUGUCCAUGUGGUGUAACAGUCCUGUUUUGCAACAGUAGCUUUGCAAGAGGGCCAUAAGUAAACGUACAGAAAUGAGUUGUGUACGCGUCAUGUAUUCGUCUGGUCCCCAGAGAUUUUAUAUACAGUAUAAACCUAUUCAAACAUUCAUGAAGCAGAGGCUUAGUUCAUGUAUGAUCCCUACAGAGAGAUUAUUUUGUGUAAAAAAAACAAAAACCUAUAAAUAAAUUCCAUCUUGUUUAAGCGCCCUAGCAAGAAUUGGGGUAUAAAUACAUCAGUGCUUUAAUGAGACUCAAUUCUGUGGUUAGAACACCUUCU